GACGGACGGAUUCUCCUGUCUUUUGGGGCUCUCCAGUGGUCCCCGUGCGCCUCUCGGGAGCCUCCGGCACCCGCCUUGCACCGCUGGGUGCUCCCUGCGGCCGGGGAGCCCUGCGGGAGAGACUGCGCUGGAGGAGCCGGUGAACCGGAAGAAGCCGCGGCGGCUCUGCUGGGCCCCACCCCGCGGCCUGCACAGGCCCCGCGGUCCGCACCUUCGUCUGUAACCUGCAAUGGCUUUGGGAAAGGUGCUCAUGGCGGGCUGGGCCCUAUGCAUGGCCCUUCUGCUGGCCACACUGGCAGGGGCGGUGGGCGAGACCCGCUACGACAAGUUCCUGCGGCAGCAUGUGGACUACCCCCGGACAUUCACGCUGGCUGCCCACCGCUACUGCGAGACCAUGCUGGCGCGCCGGCGGGUGACGGCCCCGGGGCGGCCCUGCAAGCCCACCAACACCUUCGUCCAUGCGCCGGCCAGAGACCUGGUGGCCGCCUGCAGCCAGAUGCCUGACGCAGAGGGGUUCCACAGCACCCCGACAGCCAUGGGCCUCACCGCCUGCCGCCUGCGGGGGGGGAACACCCGCCCCCCUUGCACCUACCAGGCUCGGCAGCUCCAGCAUCACGUGCGGGUCUCCUGCGUGGGUGGGCUGCCCGUGCACCUCGCUGGCACCUACGCACCCCUCCAGUGAGGCUUGACAUGGGGGGGACUUGGAUUCUUCCUCCCUCUGGGGGCUCCAUCAGGGGCCUGCAAUAAAAGAGGUGCCACAGU